CGUCCCCCGUAAGCGCUCUCUCCAUGUCUGCGUCUCCUCCGCAAGACGAUCCCACCGACGAGAAGGUCGACGAGCUAGACGACACCGGCGAACCAGAGCCAGAGCCAGCCGCGGACGCAGAGGCCGAGCCACCAAAGAAGCGCGGACGGGGACGUCCCAAGGGUAGCAAGAACAAGAAAACCCUUGCGUCUACAGAGACCGCUCCAUCAGGGGGCGAGGCAUCGGGCGAGGCAGGAACCUCCUCAGAUGCCAAUAAGAAACGGAGAGGGCGCCCACCAAAGAGAAAGUCGGAAGAUGAGGCACCAGCAGAGCCCAAGAUUAAGCGUCCUAGGGGUCGUCCCCCCAAACCGAAACCAGAGCCAUCGGGCGACAACGAUAGGGACGACCCGGAGCCUGCUGCAACAAGUAGCACACCGAAGAAGAAGCGAGGACGGCCUCGCAAGAAUCCUCCUGCUUGAUCUCUCUAGAUGACGAGCGUGAAUGCUCGACCGAGACGGAACUAUACGUCGUUACACACUGUCUCGAAGCCGCCUUUACGACCCGCUAUGUCCCUCCCUCUGCUAAAGCAAUUGUCGCUCGUGGGGCCUGCCCUUGUUGUAUGUUUUAUUGGCCCGUAAUUCAGCGCUCAACGCCACACUCAUGCGCUUUUUGUCCUAUAUCAUUUCAUUUGGCCCACUUUUAUUUCCGCUUUUCAUUUACACGGUACUGAUGGUCAACGGGUGUUCGAGUAUAGCUACGAGAAGGG